AUGACGACUCUGUUUGAUCUGCGAAAACAGCUCAGAUUCUACAAGCUUUACCACCACGAGCGGACAAACGUAUUCAUCCACAUGAUAUUUGUUCCGGUGAUCCUGUUCACUUCCAGUUGCAUCCUCCAGAGGAUCAGGGUAUACGGAGCUAUUUCGCUGGCACAUAUUUUAGGUCUGUGUUUUGGCCUUUACUACAUUGCGCUGUGCGUGCCCACGGGCAUCCUUGCCAGCGCUAUCAUAGCUCUGAUGAACGCUGCGAUUACCCUAGGAUGGGUUCGGCUCCACUUCGCAACCGAGUUAUCCGUGUUUGUGAUCAGCUGGAUAUUCCAGUUCGUGGGCCACGGUGUAUUCGAGAAGCGCAAGCCUGCACUUCUCGAUAACCUGGUCCAGAGUUUAGUUCUCGCACCGUACUUUGUUCUAUUCGAGGUGCUUUUCAAACUCGGCUACAUGCCACAACUCAGGGAUCAGCUCGAGCACGAUAUCGCACCGGGUGUACCCCAGUAG